GCGGUGGUUCUACUCCCAGUGCCUCUCGGCGAAGCUGGCCUGCAGCGACGAGGCGCGUGUGAAGAAGCUGCUGAUCUCCGACCUGUACACCAGGGUUCAGGCGGAGGGCGUGCCCGUGGAGCAGUGGGUGAGCUGGAUCCGGCAGCAGCUGAGCUCCGGCUUCGAGGCGCCGAAGUCGGCAUCAGCUGUGACCACGGCGACCUCCAACUCUGCGAUGAGAUCCUUGACGCCGUCGAACUCCAUGUCGGGCAUCUCCACGACCGCGUCGGGCACCUCCGGGGCUAACCUCGAGCAGCAGUCCGCGGGUCCACCCGCAGUCUUGCUGGCCCCCGCUGCCAGCAGCGGGCUCUGUGCCACCCAGAGCUAUGGCGCGGAGCUGCUGGUGACCAUCUUCUGCUCGCACCACCUGCUGAAGGGCUUCGUGGGCGGGGGCGGCAUGAGCUCCGCAGGGGGGCACCUGCGCACAGCCACCGUGGCCGUGCUGGGGUGUGGCCACCUGCGGAUGAGCGGCCUGGUGGGCAGCGCGAUGGACUUCAGCUACCGGAGUCUCGGGGCCACCGGGCCCGAGCUGCAGGUGUACAGCUCCUGCGCGCUGCUGCCCUGGUCCAUGAAGUCCCUGAUGGGACUGAUGUCCGACGGGCUUCCCUUGCUGGGGUACCGCAAGGCCUCCUACCUGCUCGCCUCCGGCGUCCUGGCGGCCUGCGCCUACGUCCUGCUCGCCUCGCUGGACGGCGCGGGGCCGCCGCCGUCGCUGCCGGUGCUCACGGGCCUGCUCUUCGCGGCCUUCUUCCAGAUGGCGCUGGCCGACCUCCUCGUCGAGGGGAAGUACUCGGAGAAGGUGAAGGCGAUGCCCGCCCGCGGCCCCGACCUGAUCACCUUCGUCUGGGGCGGCAUGGCGGCAGGGGGGCUUGCCGCAUCGACGGUCUCCGGCGUGCUGAUCGGCUGGUUUGGUCCUCGACAAAAAAGAUGCGUACAAAUGCGCUUCUGA